CAGCAUCUCCAUGAUCCAUCCCCCAUCUCCAAACACCUUGAUUGCCAUGGCAUUCAGAGACCUGGCCAAUUCAAAAGCUUAAAUCAUUGCCUUUUCUCUUUUUGGUCGCGUCAUGGGCUAAGUUUUCUUGGUCGAUUUCUUUUCUUGUUUCCUUAAAUAGCGUCUUUGCGCCUAGAUACCCCAGCGACACCAGAGAGAAAGAGCUCAAGGCAAGCUCUACCUACCUUAGCUUUGGAACUGAACGUGACCCCCAACCUGCCUGCGACAGCUGGCGGAGCAACAACCAAGUGAACGUUGCGCUUUCCCUGUAAGUGCCUUCAUGCUCGCCUUCCCUGCUUGCAUCUAGCUACCUUGCCUAAACCUGGUUAUCUCAACUCUCCCCUCCCGCAUUUCUAUACUCUUCCUCUUCCACCUCAUCAUCUCUACACCCGACUUAUUCAUUCCCAUCAUCAGCUCAACCCAGGACUGAUAUCAAUAUGACGCAGAAACGGAAGACCAAAACUGAGCAGCCGCCUCGCAGUGGUCAAACUGAGAAGCCUACCACUACCGAACCGAAGCCUGGGAGCUCAACCUCGAGCAUACCUACGAGCACAUCUUCUGCCUCGGCUGCCCGCGACGAGUCCACCUAGAAGAAGCGCGACUCGCCCAAGGUCCAGCCCAGCCCUUUGGAGUCUUUGCAAGCCAAGAUGUCUCAGCGAAACCGAAGCGGCCGCGGCUCAAACCGCAACAAUGGCAGCGGCCAUGGCGAAGAGGUGCAGCUAUGGGAAUCUGCAAAGGAAAAGUUCCACGAGGUUGUGAACGGUGUCAACCAAGAAAAUGACAACUUGGCCGAGCUAUUGAAGCUUGACAAGAAGGCAGCAAUGGCCAGCAUGGACGGUGGAAACCCAUCAGGCAGCGAUCUUAACAAGAUGGAGCAGAACUGCCGUUCCGGUGUCAAGCUGUCGGAGAACAACUCGAACAACAUCAAGAACCUCAUUGAACAGCUUAAAAUUCUCAAGGCUGUGCAGCAGGCCAAGGAAGCAGCAGAGGCUCCGGCGACAACCGGCGCUUCAUCACGGACCGGCAGCUCGACCCGCAAUCGGGACGCCGCCGCGGCAGCACUCUACGACUUUGACGGAGCCGGUGACUCUCCGGUGCCUAGCCCCAUCGGCGGAAGCUCGCGCAAGUACGGCGACCGGGGUAGCAACCGCGACAGUAUGCCUCCCAAGGCAGAUAGCGUCGAGCCACAGGGUUCCACGGGCUCCAACACGGCAGGUUCAUCGUCAGGUGCCUUGGGGUCAAGCGCUUCCUCUGCAGCUCGAAGCAAGAUAUCGUUCUCCAAAGGAGACAAGGUAGCGUUCAAGCGGAAGAAAGAUGAGCCGCAGCAGGGUGAAGCACCAUAUGAUUGGAUACUAGGUGAGGUGGUCGGCGUCAUUGGCGAAGGCAAGAGCCGGCGGUACAAGUGCUUGGAUGUGGAGCCGGAGGACAACGUCAAGCCGAAGGAGUACAAGACCUUUGCGUCGGGCAUGAUACCGAUCCCGGCGGAGAACCAGACACACAAUCUCGCUAAGCUGGAGGCGGGCAGGAUGGUCCUCGGGCUCUACCCGCAGACAACGGCAUUUUACGCAGCAGACGUUGUCGGCACGGAGCCGGACGGCAAGACGGUCAACCUCAAGUUUCAUGGCGAAAACGACUCAUCGACUACGCAUCAGGUGGAGCGGCGCUACGUGCUGGAGUACCGGCCCUGAACCCAAGAGGACAAGGUCCCCGAGAUGCAGAUGCACCAGAUGAUCCAGAUCUGGUGAUGCGGAGAAGGAGAGGGCCAAACGCUCAAGUUGGGAAGUGCAUGACGUUAGCGAAGUUUUAGCGAGAGCCAUGAGCGGGCGUUCGCUUAAAGUAUUGAGUUGAGAGAGUGUGUAUUGGCCGAGAGAUCAACGGCCCGGACAUGGGAUAUCUGGUGUGUCUAUCGCCAGGUCUCAUUAAACAAACAAAAGGGGACAUGACAUGGCGGGUCGAAACGGAACUUAACAUGCUUACUAUGCAUCCAAGGCAGGGGUAGCAGCUAGCGG